AUGGCUAGCGCGGACGAGACACUCGCGGCCGCGACUGCCGUGCUGCAGAAUUUGGCAAGAGACGAAUCUAUCCCCGGUUCCUCUUCGCCCCCAUUUGAUUUCCAAUUAUCCAACGGUACCAAGUCGGCCAAACUUCCCGGAGAAAACAGUCCCGCCAAGGCAGCCUUCGAAGCCGAGCUUGAGGCCCUGGUGCGCCGCGUGCACCAUCUGGAAUUCCAAGCUGUCAGUCACCACAAUUUCCAACAGCAGGCGGAUCCCCACCAGACCACUCCGUCUGCUGAGACCAACGAGAGGAAUUUCUUGAGGACAUUUGGGCUCUCUCGCUUGUCGUCCGGUCAAGAUUCUGACUCUCUGUCACAGCAGCAAAAAACGAUACCGGUCCCCGCGGCCGACGAACCACCCCUGGGAGAAAUUGACGACGAAUCCGACGAUGAAGAUGACAACGGCACCCGUGUCGUGCGGGAGGAAGAUAUUAGCUUCCUACGCAAUCACGUACAAAAACAGGCGGAGGAGAUAAGCAGCCAAAAGGAUAUUAUCGCUCAGGUUCGCGACGAGUUGCAAAAACAGGAAGAGCACACCCGUCGCGCUCUUACCAAGGUCGAAAAUGAGGAUGUCGUUCUUCUCGAACGCGAGUUGCGAAAGCACCAACAGGCCAACGAGGCCUUCCAGAAAGCUUUGCGUGAAAUCGGUGGCAUUAUCACUCAAGUCGCCAAUGGUGACCUGUCCAUGAAGGUCCAAAUUCACCCGCUGGAAAUGGACCCCGAAAUCGCCACUUUCAAACGAACAAUUAACACUAUGAUGGAUCAACUGCAAGUCUUCGGUAGUGAAGUGUCUCGUGUCGCACGUGAAGUCGGUACUGAAGGAAUACUCGGUGGACAAGCCCAGAUCACUGGCGUCCAUGGUAUCUGGAAAGAGCUUACGGAGAACGUCAACAUUAUGGCCAAGAAUUUGACAGAUCAAGUGCGAGAAAUUGCCGCCGUGACUACCGCCGUCGCUCACGGCGAUCUUAGUCAGAAGAUUGAGAGCCGGGCCCAAGGUGAAAUUCUGGAGUUGCAACAGACCAUCAACACCAUGGUUGACCAACUUCGAACGUUUGCAACAGAAGUUACUCGAGUCGCGCGUGAUGUCGGUACGGAAGGUGUACUAGGAGGACAAGCUCAGAUCGAGGGUGUACAGGGCAUGUGGAACGAACUCACGGUUAAUGUCAACGCCAUGGCCAACAAUCUUACCACGCAAGUGCGAGAUAUUGCUACUGUCACAAAGGCCGUUGCCAAGGGUGAUCUCACGCAGAAGGUCCAGGCCAACUGUAAGGGAGAAAUCGCAGAGCUGAAGAAUAUUAUCAAUUCCAUGGUGGACCAACUACGACAAUUCGCUCAAGAAGUCACUAAGAUUGCCAAGGAAGUCGGUACCGAUGGUGUUCUUGGAGGCCAAGCUACUGUGAAUGAUGUCGAGGGAACCUGGAAGGAUUUGACAGAAAAUGUCAACCGCAUGGCCAACAACCUGACCACGCAGGUGCGUGAGAUUGCGGAUGUCACUACCGCAGUCGCUAAGGGUGAUCUAACCAAAAAGGUUACUGCCAACGUACAAGGAGAAAUCCUCGACCUUAAGAGCACGAUUAACGGCAUGGUGGAUCGUCUUAACACCUUCGCUUUCGAAGUUAGUAAAGUGGCUCGUGAGGUCGGCACAGACGGUACCCUCGGUGGUCAGGCUAAGGUUGACAACGUGGAAGGAAAAUGGAAGGACCUCACGGACAAUGUGAACACCAUGGCGCAGAAUUUGACAUCUCAGGUCCGAAGUAUUUCCGAUGUCACGCAAGCUAUUGCUAAGGGAGACCUGAGCAAAAAGAUCGAAGUGCAUGCCCAGGGAGAGAUUCUCACGCUGAAGGUCACCAUCAAUCACAUGGUGGGUCGACUGGCCAAAUUCGCUACUGAGCUGAAGAAGGUCGCCCGAGAUGUCGGUGUUGACGGCAAGAUGGGUGGACAGGCAAACGUGGAGGGUAUUGCGGGUACUUGGAAGGAAAUUACCGAGGAUGUGAACACCAUGGCCGAAAACUUGACAUCACAAGUACGCGCUUUCGGUGAAAUUACCGAUGCCGCCACAGACGGUGACUUUACCAAGUUGAUCACGGUCAAUGCGUCUGGUGAAAUGGACGAGCUGAAGCGGAAGAUUAAUAAGAUGGUUUCCAACCUACGUGAUAGUAUUCAGCGAAACACUGCCGCUAGGGAGGCUGCUGAACUCGCCAAUCGCACCAAAUCAGAGUUCUUGGCCAAUAUGUCGCACGAGAUCAGAACGCCGAUGAACGGUAUCAUUGGAAUGACUCAGUUGACACUGGACACGGAUGAUCUCAAGCCAUAUACCCGAGAAAUGUUGAACGUCGUGCAUAACUUGGCAAACAGUUUGUUGACUAUCAUUGAUGACAUUCUGGAUAUUUCGAAGAUUGAAGCCAACCGGAUGGUUAUCGAGAGCAUUCCAUUCACCGUCAGAGGUACUGUCUUCAAUGCUCUCAAGACGUUGGCUGUCAAGGCCAAUGAGAAGUUCUUGAGUUUGACCUACCAAGUUGACAAUACUGUUCCUGAUUAUGUCAUUGGCGAUCCAUUCCGUCUCCGCCAGAUUAUUCUUAACCUUGUUGGAAACGCUAUCAAGUUCACCGAGCAUGGUGAAGUUAAGCUCACUAUCCGAAAGUCGGACAGAGAACAAUGCACGACCAACGAAUACGCCUUUGAAUUCUCAGUGUCUGACACGGGCAUUGGAAUUGAAGAGGAUAAGCUUGAUCUCAUCUUCGACACCUUCCAACAAGCCGAUGGCUCAACCACCCGCAGAUUUGGUGGCACUGGGUUGGGAUUGUCGAUUUCCAAGCGCCUUGUAAAUUUGAUGGGCGGUGACGUAUGGGUCACUUCCGAAUAUGGACAUGGAAGUACCUUCCACUUCACCUGUGUGGUGAAACUCGCGGACCAGUCUUUGAGUGUCAUCGCCAACCAGCUCUUGCCGUACAAGAAUCACCGUGUGUUGUUCAUCGACAAGGGCCAGAACGGUGCUCAAGCUACCAACGUCAUGAAGAUGUUGAAGAAAAUUGACCUAGAGCCGUUGGUUGUACGGAACGAGGAACAUGUUCCUCCGCCUGAGAUCCAAGAUCCUUCGGGCAAGGAAUCAGGCCAUGCCUACGAUGUCAUCAUUGUCGACUCGGUAGAUACUGCCCGGGUCUUGCGGACAUUUGACGAGUUCAAAUAUAUUCCCAUUGUUUUGGUCUGUCCUUUGGUGUGCGUGAGCUUGAAGUCGGCUUUGGACCUUGGUAUCAGCUCAUACAUGACUACCCCAUGUCAGCCGAUUGAUCUUGGCAAUGGCAUGUUACCAGCCUUGGAAGGUAGAUCGACGCCGAUCACCACCGACAACUCGCGUUCAUUCGAUAUUCUUCUAGCGGAGGACAAUGACGUCAACCAGCAACUUGCGAUGAAGAUUCUUCAGAAGCAUAACCACAACGUGUUUGUUGUUGGCAAUGGUUUGGAAGCAGUUGAGGCUGUCAAGAACCGUCGUUACGAUGUUAUUUUGAUGGACGUUCAGAUGCCAGUCAUGGGUGGCUUUGAAGCCACCGGCAAGAUUCGUGAAUAUGAACGCGAGAGUGGGCUUCAACGAACCCCAAUUAUUGCGCUCACUGCCCACGCUAUGUUGGGUGAUCGGGAGAAGUGUAUACAGGCACAGAUGGACGAGUACUUGUCCAAGCCGCUCAAACAAAACCAGAUGAUGCAAACCAUCCUCAAAUGUGCUACCCUUGGUGGAUCUUUAUUGGAGAAGAGCAAGGAGUCUAGGAUUUCGAGUAGCGGGGAAAUGCAUCCCAACUACUCAAUGUCCGAGAACCAACAGCCGCCACCACCACAACAGCGGUCAAAGCAGCAGCCUUUGCCGUCCCCUCGCUCGGUUGUAAAUUCCCGGUCCAUCACACCUUCUGGUCCUAUCACCCGGGGGAGUGUGGUCAGUCCGUCGGAAGAGAAAGAAGAGAUCAUCGACGAGCGGGCAUUGCUACGAUCCAACAGUACAUGA